CGCAGUCAGUUGUGGAUGAGUCGUACUAAUGUACGGACACACGAGCACUCACAAACUGACGGAAUGGGUCACGUUUGGUUUUUAUGCACAGUUCUACUUUUAUUCACCUUACCUGGAGGGUGGUUUGAACCUGUUAUCACUCCCAAUGUCACUCAUCUGGUGAUACCAAAAGGUGGACAACUGCAACUCAGUUGUCAUGAUAAUGCAGAGGCGAGCAAGGUGCGAUGGAUGCGGGAAAAAGGUCGGAAAAUUGAGGGAGGGCUAGAGGAAGAUGGAGCUAGUAUCAUCCUCCUCACCUCUACACAGGUACAGCAUAUGGGCCGUUACACCUGUGAAAACACACAAACGGAGGAGAAGAGCUCCAUCUACAUCUAUGUGAAAGAUUUGGAGAAUCCUUUUGUGCGCUCCAUGGUGGAUGGCCUUUUGGUGAGGGAAGGAGAGGAUGGUACUCUUCCUUGUUUAGUAACAGAUCCAGCUGUCAAUCAUCUGUCCCUUCUGACCUGUGGUGGCUCUGGUCUACCAGCUGGCCUCACCUACAGUGCACACCCUCAGAGAGGGAUCACCAUCAAAAAUGUCUCCAGAGCUUUUGAGGGUUGCUACAUUUGUGCAGGAGAGAUGGAUGAAAAACCUGUGAAAUCAAGCCCGUAUAACUUGGGUGUGCGGCCAGUACCGGAGACGGUGCCAUCCAUCAGUCUAUCCAGAAUCGAAAAUGUGAUUCUGAUUCAGGGUCAGGAGUUUGUGCUCAACUGUAGCACCAUCAACAUCAACCAUGAUAUUAGCCUGAGCUGGAGUAUCCCUUUUGAAACGAAAGCAGAGAAAAGCCCAAAAUCAAACAUCCUGCCUGGUUCUCGAGAAUAUCAACGCUCAGUAGGACUGCACAUCAAAUCUGUGACGAUGAAUGACUCAGGAGUCUAUCGCUGUAUUGCGAGGAAUGAGAAAGGUGUCUCCAUGGCAACUGUCAAUCUGGAGGUUUACGAGCAUGGUUUCAUUAACCUUACGGAGGGAGAGGACAGGGUGAUGGAGGUGAGAGAGGGAGAAAGCCUAACCCUCAGUGUGGAGAUGACUUCAUACCCCAGUCCCAACGAAGUCUACUGGAUCUAUAACAACCAACAGCUCAAAAACACAUCUGAACAUGUCAUUACACUGCACAACCAGCAGUACAGGUACAUCAGUGAACUAAGGCUGGUUCGAGUUCAUGGAUCAGAGGGCGGGAUCUACACAUUCUCAACCAAUCACAUAUAUGCAUCUAUCAACCAGUCAUUCACUGUCCAUGUUAUAUGUAAACCAGUGAUAGUUUCCCAGGAGGGUCCGGUUGAUGGACAGGUGCGGUGUGUUGCUUCAGGAUAUCCUGUCCCAAAAAUAUCUUGGUAUUACUGCGAGCCGCCACAUACACGGUGCUCCCACCUGUUGAAUGCGACACAGGCAGAUGAGGAGUUUGCCGUGGUCAAAGUGUCAGGGGCAGAAUUUGGACGAAGCGAGGUGGAUAGUCGACUUAAUGUCAGCAAAGGCAAAUUUCACACACUUGAGUGUGUGGCAACAACCCAGGGAGAGCAGGCCUACACCCUCUUUUCCAUCAGUGAGAGAACAGUGACCCAUAAACUCUUCACACCUCUGUUGUCUGGUGUCGUGUCUACUUCUGUUCUGCUCAGCUUCUUUCUGGUGGUUCUGCUCUACAAAUACAUGCAGAAACCCAAAUAUGAGAUCCAUUGGAAGGUGAUCGAAAGUUUUGAUGGCAACAAUUAUACCUACAUAGACCCAACACAGCUGCCUUAUGACCCCAAAUGGGAGUUUCCACGGGAGAGACUGCGUUUUGGUAAAAUCCUCGGCUCUGGAGCGUUUGGUAAAGUGGUGGCAGCUACAGCAUAUGGACUUUGCUCAGCUGACACAGUCACCACUGUUGCUGUAAAAAUGCUAAAACCGAGUGCUCACUCCACUGAGAAAGAGGCUCUAAUGUCAGAGUUAAAGGUUCUGAGCUACAUUGGCAAUCAUAUAAACAUUGUCAACUUGCUUGGUGCCUGUACAGUAGGAGGCCCCACUCUGGUGAUCACAGAAUACUGUUGCUAUGGCGAUCUAUUGAACUUCCUAAGAAGAAAGCGGGAUGCAUUUUUCAGUUCAAAAACAGGUGAUGGAUAUUACAAAAAUCUGCUCAGCCAAACACAGCCUUCAAGAGAAGGCACUGAUAAUGGAUACAUGCCCAUGAGGUCGUAUCAGAAGAGAUCGACUCAGACAGAAUGGUGCGAUGAUAAAGAUGAUCUCUCUUUGGAUACUGAGGAUUUACUCAGCUUCUCAUAUCAAGUGGCUAAAGGCAUGGACUUCCUCACAUCCAAAAAUUGUAUUCACAGAGACCUGGCUGCCAGGAAUGUAUUACUGACUCAGGGUCGGGUAGCAAAGAUAUGUGAUUUCGGUUUGGCACGUGACAUCACAAGAGAUUCCAGCUACGUCCUGAGAGGAAAUGCACGUUUACCGGUGAAAUGGAUGUCCCCAGAGAGCCUGUUUGCUUGCGUGUACACUUUUGAGAGUGAUGUCUGGUCCUAUGGCAUCUUAUUGUGGGAGAUCUUCUCUCUGGGUAACACGCCAUAUCCGGGUAUUCCAGUUGGAUCCACAUUCUAUAAGAUGAUACAAGAUGGAUACAGAAUGAGUGAGCCUGAGUUUGCCCCAAGUGAAGUUUAUGAGGUAAUGCGAUGGUGUUGGAGUGCUGACCCUCUGAAGAGACCAACCUUCAAGAAACUGGUGGAACGGACUGAACUCCUGCUGACGGAAGCCACCAAACAUGAUUACUUGAAUCUCAGCAGUAGUGGCAGCUGUGAGGCGUUUGUUCCUCCAGGCCUGCAGAGGGCACAAAGGCUGAGUUCUGUGGGCAGCUCGACAGCCUCAACUCAACCCCUGCUGCAGGCAACAAAUGAUGUUUUUCUGGAGCAUCAGAGCAUAUAAAUGACAUCUCGUUCCUUGUUUUGCCUCAUUUUCUCAAUAGGUUUGACCUAAAAGCCUUAUCCUCCAUUUAAGUUCUAACUGUAAUUGUUGCAUUUAAGGGCAUCUCCUGCUCUCUGUUUGGCUCAAUGCAACUCCAUUAGCCUUGUCUUCCAUUAUAUUUCAAAUUACUCAAGACACAGCAUGUCCAGCCAUGUAACUGUUAAUGUAUUUUUCUAAAUGCAGCUGGGGUCCAUUUUAUGGUAUUGAUCUACAUAGUAUUUUGAGUGCAUGAGCAGCUACCGUGACCAGGCAAGUAUUUAGAUACAGAACCUAAUGUUACCUCAUCAGAUAAAUGACCAGCUCUACUGAUGACAUCAUUGUGUAGUGACCUGUGAUGAUGUUGUGUCAUGUAUUGUUUUGUCUUUGACUGGGUGUGCAACUGCAAGUACGUCUUGACUGAACAGUAAGGUAGGUCACUGGUAAAGAUACUGAACCCAAGGUGAUUCCUGUUUAAGGUGUCACUAUCUGAAGCACUUAAUGCCAACGAAUGGAGGUUGUCGUUCAUGCAUUUGUACCAUUUUCAGCAUGUGAUUACUCUCAAGUGAGUGUUAUAUUGCAUUAGUGUAUCUAUGAGAUCCCCAUCUCAGCUUCAAGUUGUACUUACUGGUAUAACGGUCAUAUUUAUUAACAACCUAGGAUGUGUGUUUACAUUUAGUUUUUUUGGCAAUUUUUGUUUGAGUUUGGAAUUGAAAUUUUGAGCUGAUAUAAGAAUGUAUAUAUAAAUAAAAAGUUGUUUGUUGCUGUGUAAAACUGAGAUAAUCAUAUUUGGACUGUACAUUGUUUCUUGUAAUAACUGACUAGGUUCCAUUCUUCAAAAGUGGCUAACUUGGCUACAUUACCUGGAGUAAAACACAAGUUUCCGUUCUUGAAGUAUGCUUAAAAGAUGAUAAACAUAUCAGACAUCUGCUUGUUGUGAAUUAACAAGCUAAUUAUUCCAGAUAAGUUUAUGCAAAGUUAUUCCAAAAUGAAUCCAGCUGACUAUACCAUGUUCGAAGGAUGGAAUGUUGGUCUCUAAACGAAUGAAAUGUUUUUGAAUGUUGACUGUGACAAAUAACUGCUAUGAGAUUUGACUCUGUAAAUAUCUGAAGUGUCAGCUAUUUUUUCAACUUUUAGUGUGUUAUGUCAGGGAAAAAACGGCCAGUAGUAAAUAUGUUUUUAUACAGAAUAAAUGAAAAUAAAUGAAAAGUUGUAAAGGAUGUAUUGUAUAAAUGGUGUAUUUUCGAAAUUACAAAAAUAAUUUGCGCAAUUCCUUAAAAGUUAUGCAUAUAUUUUACAUUAAAAUACAGUGUUUGACCAUCUGAACUAGCUCAACCAAUGGCGUGAGCUAUCUGUUUGUCUGGCAAAUGAUAUGCAAAUGGGAGUGUUCAGAAAUGUUUGCUAAAGAGUCAUUAUUUUGGCAGUUCCAUUUGGUACUGUAAUUAGGAAUAUAUGCCACCCUAAAAAUAAAAUAAAAAGCAAAUCUUGAAGCAGACAAUUUAGUAGAGAAUGUGAAUAAGAUUGUUUGCUUUAUUUCAAGAUUGAGUAUUGUGGAGGAAAAAUGAACAGUUUUUGGUAAACUGACAAAGGACAGUUCCUACAAAUUCACACUGAAGGUAAUAUGAUCUGCAGGCAAUUAUUUGGGGUAACAGUUUUGUACUGAAGUGCACAGCAAUUCAGAAUGUACAAAAUGAACAAGUUUUAGGGUUAAACACCUUAGGACUUAUUUAACUUGUUUGAUGAUUGAUUUUAUCAUUAUUCACUCAACUCACUGAUAUUCAUCAGGCCAAACACUAAUCAAACUUCAAAUGGGGCUACAACCAAAUAACCAUCAUAUUCAAAAGUGCACAAUCUUUUGGUUGCAUACAAAAAAUAAAUACAUAAAAAAAAAAGAAGGAUACAGAAGGUUGAAAUGUUCAGGGACAUCCAAAAGUCCAUAUCAGUUCUCUCUUCAACCUGUCAGUAACUUUUUUAGGGGCGUAAAUUUUACGUCAUUUUUGAUUGUACAAAAUAUGAGAAACAUUGGUUCCAACAGUAACCGCUAACACAACUAAGGGUUUUAGUGCACAAUAAAAUCUUAUAAAACGCACAACACAACACAAUUAAAAAAAAAAAAAAUUGGACAGAUAAGGGAAGUUGGGCAUCUACUUUAAGGGGCAUGUCCACUUUUGGAAUUCCAAAAGUCAACAAUGUCAAAAUCUAUUCAGUUUCCAUAUACCUUUAACAGUGCUACCGGUCUAUACACAGCAAUUCUGUUAACAAAGAAGUCUUUUGCCAUAUGAAAAUAAAAUCGCUUUGAAUACUUCGUAUAUAAAACCAUUUCUGAGGUAUAUAGCCAACAAGCCAAUGGGGAAACAUCUAGGAUGCCGAGUUACUGCAACGCAAGAACUGAUUGGUCAUCGCUGGGGUUAAUACACACAGUAGCAACCAAAACAGCGAUACUGGAAGUGUCACAAACAAUUAUUGAUAUAAUGUCUAGCACUUUAAAUUCUCUGUCUCACACACACAUACAUUCACACACAAACAGUUAAAAGGAAGAUCACUUUAACUUUUAAGACUCUACAGCUGCACAGUAACCCUGCUUCGGUUUGUAUUACAACUUUGGAACAAAAUAGGAAGAGGACAAUAUAAUCACUCUUUUCCUGAAAAUGGGAUCUAAAAGGUCCACAGUACUCUGGACCGUCCUCAGUAUUGAAAUGCUGUGCCCUGGAUGUGGCUUCUUGCAUAGCUCCCAAAAUCUUGAGGGAGAACAAAGCAAAAAUCAAUGAGGAUUUGAAAGCUUAUUCAUGGCUUGUCAUUCUCAUUUGAGAAAUACAUGUACUGUUCAUGCAUACACAAAGUAACUCAGACCAUUAGGUCACAAUUAAUACAAGGAUGGACUAUUUUAGUGUGUAUGAACACAAUAAGUGCUACAAGUAAGGGGAAAAGGUGCACAAAAACUUUUUAGUGGACUACUAUGACUCGGCUAAAAAGCAAAUCAAUGUUGAACAAGUAUAUAUAUUUUUUUUUUUUUUUU